AUGGCGGGUGUUGUGCUUCCUUAUUUGCCUGUAACGAAGCCCUCAACCGUCUUCAAAAUUCCAACAUAUCCGAGUUCAAAUUUGAGAAUAUUUCGACAGAGCAAAAUUUCCUGCGAUUAUUCAUGCUUUGAAAUAAAAGACGUUAGCUAUCAAUCACCAGGGACCAAGGUCGAUCUUUUGAACAGAAUAAAUUUCUCCCUUCCUGAAAAAAGCUUUGGAUUGAUUUUUGGACGGAGUGGAAGUGGGAAAACUACUCUUUUGCAGUUGAUUGCAGGGUUAAGUAAGCCAACAUCAGGCUCAAUCCAUGUUCAAAGAUAUAAUGAUGAUGGUCACCCAAAUCAGUCCCCUGAAUUGUUAUUGCCUGGAAGAGUAGGUAUCGUUUUUCAGUUUCCUGAAAGGUACUUUGUUGCUGACAAUGUUCUUGAUGAAAUCAUAUUCGGGUGGCCAAGACAAAGAGGUGGUGUGCAAUUGAGAGAGCUUCUUGCUUCAAGACUCCAAAGAGCUAUGACUUCGGUUGGUCUUAAUGGAAUCUCCUUGGACAAAGAUCCACAAUCUCUAAGUGGUGGCUACAAACGUCGACUUGCCCUAGCAAUUCAAUUAGUGCAAACUCCGGACCUUUUAAUAUUGGACGAGCCUCUUGCUGGUCUUGAUUGGAAGGCCCGUGCAGAUGUUGUUAAAUUGUUGAAGAAUCUGAAGAAAGAGCUGACUUUGCUUGUUGUCAGUCAUGACCUUAAAGAGUUGGCCUCUCUUGUAGAUCAAUCCUGGAGGAUGGAGAUGGGAGGAGUAUUGAAAAGUGACCUCCUGCCAAUUUGA